UCUUCUCGAAGAACAAACGAAACAAAACUCUCCGUCUUCCUCUUCUUUGUCACUGCUGCUGCGUCUCAGUUGAUCCUAAGCCUAAAAUUUCAGAGUUGGAUUAAUUAUGGAAAGCUAUGAGGAGAACAACAACAGUAGUCGUGGCGGUAGCUUGCGGGUUUUCAAUUUGCUAGAUAGGCGGCGUUUAGCUCCGCUGAAUUUUAAUAGCCGAGGUGGCGGUGACGGUGACGAUAACGAUGUUGUCGUUGCACGGAAGUUGUUGUAUCGGAAACUUCCUCAACAGCGUAACUUUAAGCUCUCUGUUCUCAAGCUCGACGGUUCUCUCUUUGAUGUUAACGUAGGAAGGAAUGCUACAGUUGCAGAGCUUAAGGUAGCAAUAGAGGAACUUUUUGCAACAUUGCCAGGGGACACUCAUGGCAGUAUUUCAUGGUCACAUGUUUGGGGGCAUUUUUGCUUGUCUUAUGAAGGUCAGAAGCUGGUAAACAACAAGGCUUGCAUUAGAAAUUUUGGGAUCAAAGAUGGUGAUCAGCUUCAAUUUAUUAGACACAUGUCCGUCAACCAAUUACCUUUAGGAAGACGCUUGAAACAUCACAGUGUUCCCUGCAAAUGGUUGUCAUCGGGAUCAAGUUAUCAUCAAGAGAAACAACAUAAUUCUGUGAAUUUUAAUAACAAGGAUGAAAACCAAGAGGAUAGCUCCACCUCCGAUCAUUAUGAAGAAGAGGAGGAAAUUCCUCUCCCAGAUGUCAAGUUAGGCCACUUGUUGAGAGGAUGGCUCUCAUGCACCCGGUUGUGGGGUGCUUCGAGAAAGGGACCAGAAGGCCCGAGUAAUCCCCCAAGAUUCACCCUGCAAUGUUUAGGAGGAUGAUUCCACAAGUAGAUAGGAUAGGUGAUGGCUUCCACACUGCAUUGUUGGUCUGAAAUUUUGUUUCUUGAUGUUCUGUAACAGACAAUCUCGAUGUCAUUGGAGUCAAUCACAUACCAGGACUAGUUCAAUGUAAAUUGUUUGCUGGCUGUUCUGUCGUUUUAUGGUAAUGGUAAAUUUUUUUUUUU